CUCUAUUAGAGAAAGAAUUCCCUUGGAAGGGUAGUAUUUAGAGCCCGAGUAGUGUUGACGGCAACCGACAGAGAGAGAUCUAAUGGAGUACGAAAGAAUAGACAAACCUCAGAGUGGCAUUUCACCGAGUAAAUUAAGGAUGAAGCUGAUGGGGCCUCAUCACCAUCGAAAGAAUAAUGGAUCAAACAACAAUUCUUCAAGAGCAUCUCCUUCUAGAAUUAAUGAUGCUGAGUUUGUCAACAGUCUAUUAGCCUCAAACAAUGAAGAUUUUGACGAGGAAGUUACCAGCUUAGAUGGUUCACCAGUUAAAAUGUCCAAUGAGAUAGUGUUGGAUUCCAGCCUAAAUGAUCAAAUUUCUAGCCAAGCAAAGGAGUCUCUGACACAGGAAAACGUGGAAGCGAGCUGUGCUAAAUUGCAGCAAUGCUCAAAGAAUGAUAAUGGUAAUUCCAGCGCCAUCCAUCCAAUGAGGAUGCUUGAAGAUGAAAACCUUGAUUAUGAUAGUAAUGCUAGUUCAUCAAGCUUUGAGUUUCAUAAAGGGGAGAGAGCAGCAGCACACAAUUGCCUGACGAGGUCAUACUCGAGACCUAUGUCAUCGAAGUGGAACGAUGCAGAGAAAUGGAUAAUGAAGCGGCAAGACACGGUAGCUAAUUGUGCUAAGAUGAAUGCAUUUCACAACCAAGUUAAUCGAUAUCCUCUUAUGCAUAUGGUGAGAGUUGCUCCAGAGUCGGCGAAUAACGAUCAGAAGCUGGCUGCCAAUGGCCUAGCCAACACUAAGAGGGUAGAUAUCUAUCAGCACGCUGUGCAGAUACCCUUUGACAAGUUCUCUUUCAUUCCUUCUGGAGCUCAUCCUAUUUCAGCACAAUCAUGUGGAGGAAACCUAUUAUGUGAUCAGUUUUCUCAGAGUAAGGAUUUGAAGGAAGUGGCUCAGUUAUCUUGUACAAAAAGCUCUGAAGAAGAUACAACCGCUAUUCCUGCAAUGAGAUCAGUUUGUAUGAGAGACAUGGGAACAGAAAUGACCCCUGUUGCAAGUCAAGAGCCUUCGAGGACCGCUACACCUGUAGGGGCAACAACACCGCUCCGAAGCCCAACAUCUUCAAUCCCAUCUACUCCUCGUAGAGGGACACCGACAUCGACACCUUUGGACCGCAAUAUAGAUGACGAGUCACAUCAAAAUGGCAGGAAAGCAUUGUCUGAUAAAGAAACCAAGAUCAAGACAAGAAGAGAGAUUGUAGCCCUUGGUGUCCAACUUGGCAAGAUGAAUAUUGCUGCUUGGGCAAGCAAAGACGAGAAGGAAGACAAUACAUUUUCAGGUGAUACCACUUGUACGGAGGAGCUUGAGCGGAUCGAAUAUGAAAAAAGAGCAGCAGCAUGGGAGGAAGCUGAAAAGUCUAAGCAUGCAGCAAGGUAUAAGCAUGAAGAUAUCAAAAUUCAAGCAUGGGAGAGGCAGCAGAGAGCAAAACUAGAAGCAGAAAUGCGGAGAAUAGAGGACAAAGUAGAUCAAACGAGAAUCCAAGCUCAAGCAAAGAUGGUGAAGAAGAUUGCUAUGGCUACGCGAAGAUCAGAAGAAAAACGAGCUGCAGCUGAAGCUAGAAAGAACCAAGAUGCAGAAAGAACAGCUGUUCAAGCAGAAUAUAUUCGACAAACCGGAAGAAUGCCAUCAUCUCCUUACAUGUGUUGUGGUUGGUUGUCAUAAUAAUAUGGAGUAGUAAACAAUCAAUAAAAGCAAAGCAUGCUCAUACACUUGAUGAGCCAAGUAACCUCUUGUAACCCUGUUUUGAGCAGAUUGGUGAUGGAGGAGUGUUGUAUUUAAAGAAUGGCCUGAAAUUUUUUGUGUUGUUUACAUGGGAAGAUGAAAUGAAUAGUGCAAUUGGUGAAAUUAAUGUUAAUUCCAACACAAUU